GUCAACGAAAUCGGAAGUUUAUCGUGGAUAGAAAUUUUGAAUUAAUUCUCAUUAGUAAUUUUAGUGAUAAUUAGGAGACUUAGGACAAUAAAUUUAAAUAAAAAAGAACCAAAAAGUGCUCGAGUGGGAGCAAAAGAUAAACGCAUUAAUGUGAAUUAAAAUCCAAUAUCGCAAAAUGGCAAACAGUUUUUGCUUUCUAACCUUCCUGUUAAUUAUUAGCAUUGUAUUAGUUCAUGCGAAUAGUAAAUAUUGUGUGAAUCAAGAUACGUGUGAUAAAUGUUUAAAUCAGCAUGUUAAAUGUUCAUGGUGCUCGGAUCGGCAAUAUGAUAUGCGUAGGGCAAGAUGCAUGACUGAAAGUGAUUUGUUGGGUGGAAAUUGUCGUCGUGAAUUCAUUCAGAUUAAUAAACAAAAUCCGAUGAAUGUUAUAAAAGAUGAUGACUUGCGGGACUUUAAUAAAGAUUUCGAUUCCAUCCAAAUCCGACCCCAACAUGUUCAAUUGAAAUUACAAAAGAAUCGUCCACAAACAGUUCAAUUGAAUUAUAAACCUGCGAAAAAUUAUCCACUAGAUUUAUAUUUAUUGAUGGAUCUCACAUGGUCUAUGCGUGAUGACAAAGAGACAUUGGUCAAGAUGGGUGGCAGUUUGUCGAAUUCAUUGAGUAAUUUAACGGAAAAUUUUCGUCUCGGCUUCGGUUCAUUUGCUGAUAAACCGAUUAUGCCAUACAUCAAUCCUGGCAGUGAAGAUAAUCCUUGUAAGCUUGUACAUGAUACAUGUCUUCCAACAUAUGGAUUUAAACAUAAACUAGCACUGACGGAGAAUAUAAAACAAUUUAUUGAGCGUGUUAAUGGAAGUGAAAUUACCGGUAAUUUGGAUAAUUUGGAAGGCGGCCUCGAUGCACUCAUGCAAAUCCUUGUAUGUCGCGAUGAAAUUGGAUGGAAUGAUAAGACUCGAAAAAUUAUUGUUUUUGCAUCCGAUGGACCAAUGCAUUUUGCUGGUGACGGAUUAUUAGCAGGUUUAAUUGAGAAGAACGAUAAGCGAUGUCAUUUGAAUGAUAAAGGCGAAUAUAUGGCAUCAUUAGAGUACGACUAUCCGUCACUCGAGGAAAUUUAUCGUGAAUUGUUAAAAACAAAGGUCAGCGUCAUUUUUGCUGUAACCAUGGAUGUUUUGUACCAUUAUGAUCAAUUACACGAGAUAAUGGAAGAAAUUACGAGUGUGGGACAACUUGCAGCUGAUUCCUCAAAUAUAUUGCAGCUUGUCGAACAUGGAUUUUCAGAAGCUGUUAAACGAGCACUAUUUCAAGACAAUGCACCCGACUACGUUCGAGUCGAGUACAAAACAAAAUGCGGUGAGAAAUAUGAGACACCACAAGAAACGAACAAAUGUGAUAACAUUGAGAUUGGAAAGGAAUACGAGUUUUAUGUCAGUCUAACUUUACUCGACUAUCCAAAAGAUGGUGCAAAAAAUAUCAAAAUAAAAAUUGAAGAAGCAAAUAUUGAAGCUGAAGGAACUGAGAUUGAUGUGGAAAUUGAUUAUCCAUGUACGGAAUGUAUGGCAGUGGCAGGUGAACCUGCAUCAGCAAUUUGCUUGAGGAAUGGUGAAUAUAGAUGUGGAUCGUGUUUUUGCGAUGCUGGAUAUGUUGGACGUCAAUGCGAAUGCAACCUUCAAGAAUAUUCAAGCAGCAAGGAGCUCGAUAAUCAAUGUCGUCAACCUUAUACAGUCAACAAUGAGACAAUCCUAGGACCGCAUUGUUCAGACCGAGGAGAAUGCCUUUGUGGACAAUGCUUCUGCAAUAUAAAUUACGAUGGAAAGUAUUGUGAAUGCGAGUCAUGUCCAAUACACAAUGGUAUAGAAUGUAAUGGUCAUGCAUUAUAUUGUGAUUGCGGUGUUUGUCAGUGUCAUCCAGAAUAUUCAGGAGACACAUGUGAAUGCUCAACCCUACAAACCAAUUGCAUUAGUCCAGAUACUAAAAUGUCAGAUGACACCAACAAAAUUUGUUCUGGACAAGGAACGUGCAAAUGCAAUCAUUGUGAUUGUAACGAUGGCUACAGUGGGACAUUUUGUGAAAGCACAGUCGGCAAUGAAACGUACAGUUCACUGUGUGUGUUCUAUGAGUCUUGUGCACAGUGUACUAUAAACCGUAGGCUUGGACAUGAAUGUUUAGAUUAUGAUGAGAAAUGCUCACGAAAUGGCAUGCUGUAUAAAUCAGAAUUUUAUGAUGAUAUCUCAGAUGCCAAAAUAAUAUGCAUAGCGCGUAUUAGAUAUGAUGAUGAUACAGUAUGUGAAUAUAAAUUUACAUAUGAUUUAGAUGAGAAAUUAGAAACGAAAAUAAGGAUUGAGGAUACAACAUGUCCGCCUGUUAACGUUGCUGCAUAUUCAAUUAUCGCUGUUAUCAUUGCAACAUUUUUAAUUGGAUUGUUAAUCCUCAUGAUUAUUAAAUUCAAUAUGUAUCUUGCUGAUAAACGAGAAUUUGCAAAGUUUCAAGAGGAACAGCAGAUGCAGACUCAAUAUAAAUUUGAGAGUCCAAUUUAUAAGUCUCCAGUCACGACGUUCUGUAAUCCACAGAAUUUUGAAAAUUCACCGAAUGUAUUUGAAUUGAAAGAUUAAAUUAAAAUUUAGACUUUUUGAGAUUUUUUGAUGAUGAACAUUUUAUGUACUUAACUAGUGUUUAAUUAUUAGAUUUUUAUGCUUUAUCUUUUGGUUAGAAAUAAAACUUUUUGAUGAAUUAAUUGUUAAAAUUGCUUAAUUUUAUUAAAAUUGCAGAAUUGCAGCGUUGGAGCAGAAGAUUUGACUCACAAAGAUCUCACAAAGACCUCCCUCCCCUCUCCCUCGCCUUUUCAGGAUUUUUUUUUUCAGAGCAUCCUUAAAUCUCAUAUCAAAUUGAGGAGCUUUACUAGUUUACAAAAAAAUCAUCAAGACUUAGUCCAAUUUUAAAAUAUUAGUAAAUGCAUAAAUAUUCCUUG